AUGCGUCCUCCGAGGCUGGCGCUGCUGCUGCUGCUGCUCUUGCAGGGAGGCUGCCUCCUCGCGGCCGCCCGGAGGGAGCCGGGGACGGCGGGCCCCGCCUCGGGUCGCUUCGUGAGCCGGGAGCAGCUCGCGUGCAGCUGGCAGCUGGUGCCCGGGGCGGCGGGGAGCAGCGAGCUGGCGGUGCGCUGCGGCGGCGGCGACGCCGGGGCCGGGGCGCGCCAGCACUGCGCCUACCGCGGGGAGCCCGAGCGCUGCGCCGCCUACGCCGCCCGCCGCGCGCACUUCUGGAAGCAGGUGGUGGGCGCUCUGCGCCGCAAGCGGCGGCCCUGCCUGGACCCCGCGCCGCUGCGGGCCCGCCUGUGCGCCGGCCGCCAGGGCUACGGCGCCGAGCUGCGCCUGGUGUCCCGCGCGAGCCCGCCUCCCGACGCCGGCCUCCCCGGGGAGCCCGGGCCCAGGGUCCGGAGCCGGGGCCGUCCGCGGCAGCCCCCGAGCGCGCCGCACCCGGACGGGAAGAUCAAGACCCCAGCCGGCCGCAGGAAGGCGGGCCCCGACCCGGCCCGGGAGCGAGAUAUGGCCACCGGGCCCAACCCCGACGGGCUGGACGCGAACGCGCGGCUCACCGAGACCUACUGCGCCGAGAAGUGGCACUCGCUCUGCAACUUCUUCGUGAACUUCUGGAACGGCUGAGGCCGCGGCCUGGUGGGGUCCCGGGGACGCAGGGAUCGGGCUGUGCAACCCUGCGGGGGGCUCCUGGCAUCCUAGGCCGGGGAUACAGGGCAGGCCACCGGGAGCGGUCCAGAUCCUAAAAGGGUUGCCGGGGCUGGGUGGGCAGCUUGAGAUGAGGGCGUGGCGGGAAUGGAGAAUAUGAGGUAGUGAAAGUUUUUAAGUGUCUCAGUGCUGAUUUAAGACAAGGAGAAAUAGUGGAAACAGAAAUAGGCUUACAUUAUGUAAAAACCGUUAGACUGGGGGGAGAGAUGGUUACAGAGAGACUGAGAAUGGGGCAGGGGCCGCAGAGCAAAGUAAUGUGAGCCUUUCUCAAGGGGAAAUGGGAUAGAAUGUAUAUUAACACAUUCAUGUUAACGUGUGACUGUGGUACUAGUCUGAGCCCAGAUGGAUUGUUUGAUGCCUCGUCAGCUAUUCCAACAGACUUUACCCCUCGUUUCUGAAUUAGUGUGAACUCUGAGUCCCACACAGUUUAUAUGGGGAUUAAAGCCUUAUGGGUCAAAGCUGAACCCAACAAAACAUUAUUAGGAUAAGUGUCAUUCAUUUCCUUUAGAAUUGCUACUUCUAAUGUAAUGAUAACUAGGGUUCUGAAACUGCAUUGCCCACUUUCAAAAGAGAAUUUUAAGAACUUCGGUGCACCAGUAGGUAUGAAAAAACAGCAAACAAAAAAACUUUCUAUUUGAUCAGCCUUUUAAAACCAGCUAGAAUAUAAGUAUGUAUCUCAGCCAUUUUGGCCAUAUUUCCCAUGUAAUUAAACUUUUCAUUUUUAAUGUAAUGUAAUGAUCAAUUUUGCACUUGUUAGGUGCUUAAUAAAACC